GGUUUGUAUUGUCGGUGUUAUGCUUUCAGAUUGUUGCCAUGAGUCGAUCAUUUCUGGUGCGUAAACUCAUUUGGAGACGGGCCGGGCUCAGUGUGUGUAUCCAAGCAACAAGCUUCAGCAAACUCAAAGGGAUAAAGGUUACAUUUACAGUAGAUGAACGCGGAGGUGGAUUGUCGAACAUUAUUCAGGCACCCAGUGCAAGCUUAGAGAUUCUACUGGGAUUCAAAUGUUUGUUUUUAAACACCAGAUGUAGAUAAUGUGGGGAGUUAAUCAACACUUUUAUGGAGUGUAUAACUGACUGGAAUUAUUUGCAAAUGACGAUGACAGAUUUUAGACCCGGACCUCUGUAUUUCUUUGAUCAGCCAACAGGACGGGGACAUGGGAAGCGCCCCAGAAUGCCCUUGGAGCAUUGCUUUGAUCUGGAAAAUGUGGGCGUGCGCUUGGCAACAAUCAAAAGCCUAUGCGCUCACAGUGAGUGUGUUAACGAUGACAAAUAUGAUGCAAAGAAUGAAGACAAUGCACACAAAGUGCAAAAUAAACCCUCUACCACUGGUAAACCAGAUACCUGGCCCUCUAUCAACGGAUCGUUGGACAUGGGUGGUGAUGAGAGGAAUCCGGAGGCCGCGGCCGUGCCAGCAGACUGGUUGGAUGACAUGGACCCGAUGGAUGCAUACAAGCAUAUGGCCCCUCAGUUGUUGAGCGAGUUGGGGAGUGUGCUUUUGCAGUAUGAAGGGAGUGAGGAGGGAUGUAUUCCACACGGCCUCGUGAACGUUCUGAAUUACUCAUGGAAGGAUUUGACCGCAGGGGCAGUUUAUGUUAAACCAUCGUGGAAGUUGGGUGUCGGGAGUGGUGAUGGCGGGAAACCUCGCAAGUCGAAGGGCUUCAUGAAUUUCGAUGAGACUCUUCGGCAGAUGGCGGGAAAGAGAAAGACAAAACAGAAACCGUCCAAGGUGGAAAAUGGGUCUGAGAGACAGCCUCAAGACUCCAAUUUGGGCAAAAGAUUGUCAGUUUCCCAUGCACAAAAAGCUCAUGUGGCCACAACUAUAAGUUUCUCCAUCUCUUCAAAAACCUAUGAAGAGCAAGGUUGGAUCGUCCAGCCUAAGGAGCCAUCCCAUGAGGAACCUCAGUGGACUAAGCUGUGUCAUUGGGUGGUAGAGAGGCUGCAACUGGCUAGGAUACCUAUAAAACAGACAAUGGAGCAGGCAGAGAGUGGGCUGAACAAACCACCCAUCCUCCGUCACUAUGGGGAUGCCAAGCCACACUUUAAACACCAGAAGAAGACAGGAGGAGGGAGCGGAGGAGGAGGCAAGACCUGGCCUUACCCUCAGAUACCAGAGGUGAACCAGGAGGACCAGGAUUCACCACGGCAGAAACUACACUACAGGAUCAAUGAUGGUUCCUCCUUCCUAUACUACCCGUCUGGUUUUGUAGCUGUGUGUCAGAGCCACUCUGGUCUGUCCUGUGGAGGGUUCUAUACUAAUGUGUUCAGUGACCAACUCAGCGCUGUUACACUGGCCAGCAUCACCGCAGUAGGACGGGGCACCGUCACACACCCACUCAGUGGGACUGUUACUGCUGUGUGGGAUCAGCGUGGUGGGAUGACGUGUGACCCAGAAGGAGCUGUCACUAAGGAGUGGACCUGGCAGAUUGGGGUUAAGGAGAGGAUAGUCAUUCAGGUGUCUGAUCAGAUCUCAGUACGGAUGUUGAGCGGUACCUGUACCACCCUCAGCUUUAAGAGUCAGAAUGAGAGUGUCCAGCUACCACUGUCCCCCCUGCCCAACAUCACCCCAACAAAAGAAGUGGCCUGUCUGCAGACUGAGGGGGCGUUCACCUCUCUGGCAGCCCAGGAGCUCUCCCUGAGUAAGAAGCACCAGAAGAACCAGGGCCAGACCAUAGACACCAAGAGGGUGUCAGUGCGUUCCAGUGAGGUGCUACAGGUGACCCGGGAGGUGGAGAAGCUGGAAGAACCCUGUCUCUUCAGGAGAGGAGGAGGGCGGGCAGGACGAGAGCUGAAAAGACUCCAGAGGAGAAUAUGUAAUAUCCUGGACGACUGGCUAGAGUUCUAUCGGGUCACCACAGGUAUCAAGUGCCCAGAUAUGGAGCGGAUGUCUGAUGGUCCAAUGCGGCCCAGACUGAAGAGAGAGGGCCAGUCAGCAGCGCUGCCCUCCCUCCACCCCACCACAGGGCUGUCAGACAGUACCCGGGGUCUACCAGAGGAGGGAAGCACAGCGCUACAUGUCAGCACCAGACACCUGCCACCUGCCUCAGAUGUCCUCCUGCCAGGCUCCACCCACAAGUUGUCAUGGACAUUUUCUCCAAAGAAGCAGGGCAAGGAGGGAAGAGAGGAGCCCCUUCAUUUCACACAGUCAGGGACGUUCAGAGUUCACAGCAACGUCAGACUGGAGUCUGUAGUGAUCCCGAGAUGCAGUCCAGAGCUCCGUCUCACUGCCCAACUUCCCCACUACACAUCCUCAAGCCCCUCCACCCCUUACCCCCUUUACAGCCCGUGUCCUGCCCAGCUUAGGGCCGUUCUCCUGGGGUUAGAGGGCCGGACUCACAGGCUGUGUCGCUGUAGCUCCAGGACCAUGCCAGUCCUGACAGAUCAGGAGUAUGAUGCCUUCAUUUGGGGCCAGCCCCCCCACAGUGAACAGAUCCUGGUGGUGUGUGUGACACCCCUUCACCAGACCCCCCUCGCCCCUCACAUCCCCUUGUUGCCCAAUGAGGACAUGCUGGAGCUGCUCUACGAGAGGAUGAAUAAGAACAGGACCAUGCCAUGCACUCAGAGUCAGCUGGACUCGUUCCGCCUGGUGAGGUAUGAGCUGUCUACAGGGAAAACCUGCCCAGAUACCCACAAUGCACUGCUGCAGCAGAGACACAAUGCCGCCCCUGGGAUGUUUCUGAUGUACAUCAGAGGGAAGCUGCUGUUCGCUGACUACAUCUUCAACGGCUACAGCUGCUCAGUGAGGGACCUCCAUAAGCAGAUCUCUAAAACUAGAGGGGACUACAGACAAGGCCAGAGCCUACCCUCAGACUACAAGUUCAGUGCCCAGGUGAAGAGUCCAGCAGUAGGGAACCCACCUGGCCAUCAGGGAGCUCAGAAGGUCCCUGAUGGACGAGGAGACAUCUCUCAUGGAACACCUGCCCUGUUAGAGAAGGGAAAAAGUCCCAAACCAGUGAGCGGAAAUUGACUCAGGGACCUGUGACAUCAUCGGUCACGUUAAAGAGAGACACCGCUCAUGCUAAAAAGCCAAAAAGACUUCUGCUGCAUCCUCACUGCCUGUACUCACCACACUGAACAAAGGUCAGCUCCUAUCAGAGCUGCAAUGUAAGACUCUUUCUGGUGUCACAAGUCAUCAGGAGACACUGGAGAAAAACCUCAUCAGAGCUGGGCUAGCUGGCUGGAGACAGACAGUCUGCUGGGAGAGAGGGACUAAGUCUAAUAUUAGGUGCACUACACUGUAAAUGUAAUGGGAGAUCUGUAUUACAUCUAUAACUGUCUUCCACACGUCUUGUUUGACUGAAUUGAAUUCAACGAAGCAAUGCUCCACAUACUGUAAAUCAUAGCACUUUAUAGAACUCAGUUGCAUCAUGGAAUAUCUUCCUUAUUUUUCUACGGUCUACAAAUAAAGACUGUUGUCAAUAUGUGGACUGUUGUUUCCAUAUUAUCUGUAUUCAUAUCCUCCAGGACAAAUGAAAACUGUUUCAAAGUGAAAAACAAAAACAAAAUGAUGAUCUACUGUUAUCUGUCUACCAGUACAAUUGUAUCAAACCCAGAGCUAUCUAAUUUCUUCCUGUUGUGACAUCAUACUGUUUCAGCUGAGAGAGACACUUCCUGACUGAUAAAGUGACUGUGUAUCAACCAAUGAUGAGUGAGAGAGAGAGAGAACUAUGGGUGACUCAGUGUUGCCUAAUGCUGGUUUUUAGAAUAACCUAUACUGUGGAAUGUUCAGAGUGAGAAAUAUGAGAAAUAUUCUGAUGAAAUGAAUGGUGACGUUAGUUUCUUACCCUACUUCCUCAUAGAAAUCGGUGACCUGGCAAAUGAACUCCCACGCAUUCCUUCAUUUUCCACUAAACUCAGAUAUUUUACUGGCUUUAAUUAGCACUGAUGACAGAGAGAAAUUUUCAAUUUAAGCACAGCAUGUGAUGCUGAAAUGCACAUGGAUAUGUGGGCUAUUAUUUGUAUUAUUGACCAUUGUUAUGAGCUAUGAUGAUAAACAUCAAGCUUCAACAACAUCUAGUCUAUUAUUAAUGAUGAUGAUGAUGAUGAUGACAUGAUGGUCAUGUAUAACUAAUUAAAUGUGUGUACCUAAGGGCCUUGACUUUACCCCAAGUCAUGGGACUCAAUCUUCCAUAUGUAUUUUGCACCAACAGCAUGCCAGCUGUUUAAUGUAUUUGAUUUGUGGAGUUAAAUGGGAAAUCUGGAGUUGCUACCAGAUCUGGAACAACUAUAGUUUAAAUCAUGUUUUGUGGAAUGUAACUAUAGUUACUUUGGAGGUGACUACAAUUAUUUGUAGUCCCAGAAAAGUCCCAGAAAAGUCCCAGAAAAGGCAUUUGAAAAUAGAUCUAAGAAAGUAAAAACAUUUUUUUUGUACUAUUUGAAAACAGAUCUGUGAAAGCAACUACAAAAAAUAUAUAUAUAUAUAUAUAUUUCAAUACAGAUUUUAACUAAUGGGAGGGUUGUUUCUGGAACAGAAACGAUUGGGUUGGUUGCCUUCGACUAAAGGCAGGGCUGUAGUAGGAACUGCAUGUUGCAGAUAGAAAUAGAACGAAUAGAGCAAACACAAUCUCCUAUUCUAUUCCAGUCUAUCUGAUAGUCAUAUUUGAUCUACACAAUACAUUUCUAUCGGAACAUUCUGUAAAUGUCCAUUCUCCUGAACAUAGGUGUAGAUAAUCAAGUCAAACCAACCAAUCAAUGAUAUUCUGUACAGAGAAGAAUAAAUAAGUUGUGAUGCUCAA